UCAUUUGUGUACAAUACAGUUACUGACAUAAACCAAAAAUAAGCACCAAUGACAGGAAGAGCAAGAGCAAGAUCAAGAGGCAGAGGUCGCGGCCAGGAGCCUGCAGCUCCUGGAGCACAACCAUCUGUACAACAAGAGGCUGCAAAGCCUGUUAUGCCCACUCCACCUGAAGGACAGCUGGUGGGGAGAGGGAGACAGAAACCUGCUCCUGGAGCCAUGUCUGAAGAAGCGAUGCUGCAGAUUUCUGCAGGCUUUCAGCAGGUAAAGAUCGGGGAAAGAGGUGGACGUAGGAGAGAUUUCCAUGAUUCUGGUGUCCACACUCGCCAGCUCAUGGAACAUGUGAAAGAGUCCAAAACUGGUGUUUCAGGCACUGCCAUUGAGCUGAGGGCCAAUUUCAUGCGUCUGCUUUCACGACCUCUGUGGGCUUUGUAUCAGUACCAUGUGGACUACAAGCCACCUAUGGAGUCCCGGCGCCUACGCUCAGCUCUGCUUUUCCAGCACGAAGAGACUCUGGGCAAAGCACACACUUUUGAUGGAGCCAUUCUCUUCCUGCCUAACAAACUGCACAACACUGUAUGUUUUCAGAUCCUCAAAGUGCUCAUAAUUUCAAUGGCUCUUAGUGAGGCUUUGGAUUGUGGAUUUGAUUUGGCCGUCAGUGAUAAGUUGCUUUAUCUCCAGGAGACAGUCCUGUGCAGUGAGACCAGAAAUGGAGAGAAGGUUGAGAUCACUGUUACUCUGACCAACGAGCUCCCGCCAUCCUCUCCUGUAUGCUUGCAGUUUUACAACAUCCUGUUCAGACGAAUUCUGAGGAUACUGAACAUGCAGCAGAUCGGGCGUCAUUACUACAAUCCUGAUGAUCCAUUCAACAUCCCCCAGCACAGGCUGACGAUUUGGCCUGGAUUCGUGACCACCAUUCUUCAGUAUGAGUCCAGCAUCAUGCUGUGCACCGAUGUGAGCCACAAGGUUCUACGCAGUGAGACAGUCCUUGACUUCAUGUACAGUCUGAGGCAGCAGUGUGGAGACCAGCGCUUCCCUGAAGCCUGCACCAAGGAGCUUGUGGGCCUGAUCAUUCUGACCAAGUACAAUAACAAGACAUACAGGAUUGAUGAUAUUGCCUGGGAUCAUACCCCCAACAACACAUUUAAGAAGGGAGACACAGAGAUCUCGUUCAAGAACUACUUCAAAACGCAAUACAGUCUGGACAUAACAGAUGGCAACCAGGUUCUUCUGGUUAGUCACGUGAAGAGACUUGGACCCUCAGGUCGGCCUCCACCAGGACCUGCCAUGCUUGUCCCAGAGUUCUGCUACCUCACAGGUCUGACAGAUAAGAUGCGUGCUGAUUUCAACAUCAUGAAGGAUCUUGCCUCACACACGAGGCUGAGUCCUGAACAGAGAGAGAGCAGAAUUAACAGCUUAAUCUCUAACAUCAACAGAAAUGCAGACGUGCAGAAUGAACUGACUACUUGGGGUCUGAGCUUUGAGAAUAGACUACUGAGUAUGAAUGGAAGAGUUCUGCCCUCUGAGAGGAUCAUACAGGGAGGCAGAGCGUAUGAGUAUAGCCCAUGGACAGCUGACUGGACUAAAGAGAUGAGAGGUCUUCCUCUGAUUAGCUGCAUGUCUCUGGACAACUGGUUGAUGUUCUACACACGACGAAAUGCAGACGUUGCCCAAUCUCUGCUUCAAACUCUCAACAAAGUGUCUGGGCCCAUGGGUAUCCGCAUGCAGAGGGCCAUCAUGAUUGAGUAUGAGGAUCGUCAGGAAUCUCUCCUGAGAGCCCUGCAACAAAAUGUAGCACGUGAAACACAGAUGGUUUUGGUGAUCUUGCCUACCAAUCGAAAGGACAAGUACGACUGUGUGAAGAAGUACCUGUGUGUGGACUGUCCCACUCCUAGUCAGUGUGUGGUGUCUCGCACCAUUAGCAAACCUCAAGCGCUUAUGACUGUGGCCACCAAGAUUGCUUUGCAGAUGAACUGCAAAAUGGGAGGAGAGUUGUGGAGUGUAGAAGUCCCACUUCGGCAGCUGAUGAUUGUAGGCAUAGAUUGUUACCACGAUACGUCUACUGGGAAGAGAUCUAUUGGAGCACUGGUGGCCAGUCUGAACCAGGGCAUGUCCAGGUGGUUCUCCAAGUGCGUCUUGCAAAACCGUGGUCAGGAGAUCAUUGAUGCACUAAAAGGGUCUUUACAAGCUGCCCUGAAGGCCUAUCUGAAGUACAACAACUCUCUGCCUUCCCGGAUCAUUGUGUACAGAGAUGGAGUUGGAGAUGGCAUGCUACGGAGCGUGGUGGACUACGAAGUCCCUCAGAUCAUGCAGUCCAUCAAGACCAUGGGGCAGGAUUAUGAGCCCAAACUGUCAGUGGUGGUGGUGAAAAAGCGCAUCAGCUCCAGAUUCUUUGCCCGGAUUGAUGGCAAAAUUGCCAACCCUCCUCCUGGGACAGUCAUUGACACUGAAGUCACUCGUCCAGAGUGGUAUGAUUUCUUCAUAGUAAGUCAGGCUGUGCGCUUUGGUUGUGUCGCACCUACUCACUACAACGUGGUGUUCGACAGCAGUGGCCUCAAACCAGAUCACAUGCAGAGACUCACCUACAAACUCUGCCAUAUGUACUACAACUGGCAGGGUAUCGUCCGAGUGCCAGCACCAUGUCAGUACGCCCACAAACUGGCCUUCCUGGUUGGACAGAGCAUUCAUAAGGAGCCCAACAUGAACCUGGAUGACUUCUUGUACUACCUGUAAAGUGAUAAGUUUCAGGGUCUCAAAGAAUACAUGGGCCAUUUUCAUUAGAUUAUUUUCCUAGUAGAUCGAGUUGUGUGAAGUGCACUGUCCGAAGAAUGUUUAUGUAUCUACAUGUAGUGUUUUCAGAGAGAUGCAGGUAUAAGUCGUUUUCUGUUUGUAAGGGGAUUUCUUUAGUUUGUUCUUAGAAUCUUAUAUUUAGAGGCCCUGAUUGUUAAAGGAAUUAAUAAACACUUAUUUUCUAAUUUCUAGUAUAAAAUAUGAAUGGUUAUAUCUGAUUAAUAUCUUCAGUGUUUGUAUAGUAUAUGCAUGUACAAGUUUUUCAGACAGUUUACUACAUUGAUGCUCUAAUGUUUAUCAAAAAUGUUGCAGCUCAAAUACCUUUUAUUUUGUAAAUGGAAUUGUACUAUUGAUUAUAGCAUAAAGACAAAAGGAAGGAAAGUUUACACAUCACAAACAUCGGGAAAAGCUGUAAUUUAGGAUUGUGUUGAUGUGUUAAAGGGAUACUUCAGAUUUAGUUUUAUUAAAGUGCACUGAUAUAAGAAGAAUAAAGCUCAAGUUCACAUGGUUGUUAAUGUGCAACAAUUUAGCCCAUAGUGAUGAAGGAUUUGAUAGAACGAUGGCAAUAAUGUACAUGGACAGGUGAAAAGGGAAUGCAGAAUUUGAAUGAUUGUUAUUUUGGCAAUAAAGAUUAUUGUGGACAA